UGAAGUACGCCUCGCGCCUGUCGGCGGUGACGGACAUAUUAUAGACGUUGCGCGAUUUACAACCCUCUUCUCCGGGUAGGGGCGUGUUUCCUCGGUGUAUAAGACACGCUAAACGAGGACCUGUCGUCGUUAGAUCGCAGACUGUUGAGCCGCGAAUGAGCUUCAGUAUGCGCGGAAGUGCACUGUGUCUUCUGCUGUUGUCCAUCUUUCUGGUGAAGGCUUACGUAAAGUCCUGCAAAUACUGGUGCAAACUGGGCAAUCGAUACUACUGUUGUCCGAGCGGGAAGAGCGAGUCUUGGUCGGAACAGAGCUGGCAUUCGUUGUUGUUCCCUUGGUUUUGGCUCGGCAUUGACGACUCACAAGACGAAUCACCUUGGCAUGAGAUCAUAAAAAAGCCGAAGAAGCACUGUCCACCAUUAAGGACCCACUGUCCCAGGACCUACGAUUGGUACAAGCCACCUGCGCUCUGCGAGAGUAAUGACGACUGCAACGACUGGGAGAAGUGUUGUUACGACGUCUGCUUGGAGCAUAAGACGUGCAAAGACGCGGAAUAGAGUUCCUUCCGUGAUUUCGUGACUUGUCGGUGCUUGUAAUUAAGAGAUGUCGAUCCUUCGAAAGCAAUCUCCGGUAAUAAGCCGUAAUAAAAGUCCGAUUUUUUUUCUCGAUAUCAUCAAUGCCGUUAGACAUUGACAUAAUGAUCAAGUGAUGUAAUCAUACCAUUGUCUUGAGAUUCUUGCACUUUAACUUGCGUUUCAUUUCUAAAAGUAUAAAAAUGUAAACUGUGGGAUCUUUUUACCAUUGAGUGGCUUUAAGCGAUAUUAUAUAAUUCACAAGCAGCUUUAUAAAAGUGCAAUUUGAACAACUUUGAUAAGAAUAAAUGUUAGACGAUCUAACACACACAUUGUUAUGCUAAAAUUUUUAUUAUUUAAAAGUUGCUUGUUUUUAAUAGUGAAAUACGCGUAUGGCGAGCGUUGUAAAAAACAUGUGUUUUUGUGCCUUUGCCAUUAACUCUUCACACAAUGCAAUGAGAUAAACUGAAACUGGUAGUACUAAUUUCCUCGAUAUCAAUGCUUUCAUUCGAUUACACUUGUUUUUUUUUCAACUGCUUCAAUGGACUAGCGGAUAUGAUUCAAAAAUUCCCAAAACCGUGAUGUAGGUUUAAAAUGAUACAUGUAUGAAUGAGAAAAGUACAACAUGGUAAAUUCGCGUGUCAAUAAUACACGCGAGUAAAAAGAGAUUUCUUCUUUGUUUGAUUGUAACUUCCAUCUUUCGACACUUACAAAGGAAGGUGUGAAACGAAAAGA